UUUUUUUUACCCUCCUGAACCUUGAGGGGGCUUUUUAGAUUUUGGUCAACUUGCAGUUUCUGAAAAACAUCUGAAUCCUUUUAUAACCCUCCCCAGCUGUGUCUGCGAGUGUGUGUGUGUGUGUGUGUGUGAGAGAGAGAGAGAGAGAGAGAGAGAGAGAGAGAGAGAGAGAGAGAGAGAGAGAGAGAGAGAGAGAGAGAAUCUGUUGCUUCGCUCUCCAAAAAGGAAGAAAAAAGACAGAAAAAAGAAAGGAAGUUAAAAACAGCAUUUGGAUUUGUCUGUUAUUAUUAUUAUUAUUAUUAUUAUUAUUAUUAUUAUUAUUAUUAUUAUUAUUAUUAUUAUUAUUAUUAUUAUUUAGGAAUGAACGCUGAGACGUGCGUUUCUUACUGUGAUAUGACAGCCAUGGAUUCAUAUUAUAGCACACCGCAAGGUAGAGAUCACCAAACAAAUCCGUUUAGGACAUUCCAGCCCGGUGACACCAAGUACAGCCCCACUUUCCUGACCAACAAAGGUCAGGCAUAUGGGGAAAAGUCGCGGAGCCCGUUCCAACAGGAAUGCCAGUCAUUGGAUGCCAGUUCUGGGGAAGGCACCUUUAACAAAUACCACCUCUUCAUGCAGAGGUCCUCUUGUAAAACUCCCCCAGAAGGAAGCAAACUCCACCAAGACAGCAGCCACAACGGAGCGCUUAUCUCCUGUUAUGCCAAAGACAGCAGUGGGCUGACGGACUCUGAGUUGCCCCCGAGCACUGACCCUGCAGGGAUGGACAGCAGCUACCUCAGUGUGAAAGAGUCCGGGGUCAAGGGACCCCAGGACCAUCCGGGCUCUGAGAUAACCAACCCGCUGGACAAGGGUGAAGGCGAGAGCAACAAGGGCAAGAAGAGACGCAACCGCACCACCUUCACCAGCUACCAGCUCGAGGAGCUGGAGAAGGUGUUCCAGAAGACACACUACCCCGACGUGUACGCCAGGGAGCAGCUGGCACUGCGCACCGACCUGACUGAGGCCCGAGUGCAGGUGUGGUUUCAGAACCGAAGAGCGAAGUGGAGAAAGAGAGAGCGGUUCGGCCAGAUGCAACAGGUUCGGACUCAUUUCUCAACUGCCUACGAACUCCCUCUUCUAACCAGAGCUGAGAAUUAUGCACAGAUCCAGAACCCGUCGUGGAUCGGGGGUGGCAGUGCAGCGUCUCCAGUGCCGGGCUGUGUGGUUCCCUGUGACACGGUGACCUCCUGCAUGACCCCUCACCCCCAUGCGGGCAGCAGCGUCUCCGACUUCCUAGGUGUGCCCAGCCCUGGGGGCCACAUGGGACAGACGCACAUGGGCAGCCUCUUUGGCAACCCGGGCAUCAACAGCUAUGACCUCAACGCAGAGCCCGACCGCAAAUCCUCCAGCAUCGCUGCCCUGCGCAUGAAGGCUAAAGAACACAGCGCUGCCAUCUCCUGGGCUACAUGAUGAUACUGCCCACAAACCUGUUUUAAUUCAAACAAAAACAAAAAAAUUCAAUAAUGAAAGCAAUACAAAUGAAAAAAAAAAGCUGAAUUUUAUUUUUACAAAUAAUCAAACACUAAAUAAUAUAGUCAUAAAAGACUCUUUGAGUGCCUAAACUCUGGCCAAGUGAGUGUCUAAACCCUGAAAACAGGGCCUCGGGUUUAAGCGAUGUUGCUGAAGUGCAUGAAAGCGGUUUUGGUUCAUGGGUUUAAUAGUUUCUGUAAGGCAGUGAUUUAAAGUUUAGGUUUGAAACCUCUUGCUAUCAGGAGGUCGCAUUAUUGUAAAACAAGAAACGGCUUCUUUGACAAACACUGCCAUUUCUGCGGCAAGAAACAUUUUGGUUUUUUUGGUGCAAGAAGAGGUGUAUUCAAUCAUAACAUGUAACACUCACAGUAUUGCCCUGUUCAGUGGGGACAUUUAAUUCAUUUGGGAGAAUGGGCAUUUUUGCAUUUUUUUUAAUUGAAUAUCGUAAAUCAGGCCAAUAACAUGGGUCAUAAAGAGGCAAUGUACUUUUUUGAUUGAAUCCAAUACUAAGGAUGGCUACAAUAUUGAACAUCAAGGCUUUGCACUGGUAUACAAAAAAUGUGUUACAAAAAAUACACUUCCACAUUAGGCUUCAGAUGAUCCCAUUAUUAAAAUGACUUGGUGUAGAGGAAAUAGCGAAAGUUUAGGGCCUGUAAGCAUUUAUUGUUUUACUGUAUCUUUUUAUUAUAUUUUAUUGAGAUUGCUUAACAAACUGAAUGAGUUUUCCUGCAGGGAGCUAUGUCCCUCUGGGAUGAGGGAGCUAGGCAGCGUUACAUGCUUAGUUUUUAACAGGCCAGUCCUGCUGGAGAGGGGAGACGAGCAAGAAAACGAGAAAGUACUGCACUUCUGGAAUAGACGGCAGAUUUCUUUUUUUUAUUAGCCUAAUCAUUGCUCAAAGUAGAGGUUAACCACACUGCACCUUCCUGUAAUUACAAAGUGCUUACAUUGUUCUAACAUGUACUAAUCAUUGCAACCCGUGUAGUCACAUCAUCAGUUUGGAAAAGAGCUAGUGAUGAAUAAAAUCACAUGGGUCACAAUGUUUAGUAUCUGUGAAGUGCAAUGUAAGUGUCUUGUCCUAAUACCUAGGUACUGUACAGUAAGUAUAGCUUAACCCAAACAUCAUAAUUGGUAGCCAUAUUCUACUUAAGUUCACAAUAAUUUAUCCCUGCAUGUUAGUUGAUCAUUUUAAAGGAGGAAAAUUAGAGAUUUCAAUGGUGUACAAUAAGCAUUGAGUUACCUUUUUUCUUCUAAAUUGGAAAGUUGCAGUGAUUUAAUCCAACAGAUAUCUCUUUAACACCCUGCACAGAAAUCCUGUUGUAGCUGAGGGGCAAGGUGAUCGAAAGAGUGAAUAUCAAAUACGCAGGACGAGUUCGCGUUUUUUAUACAUCGCUCUGCUACUUUUAUACAUUAGGGUACAUUUUCAAUCCAAACAACACAAGGAUUUUUUGAUGUUGUUUUACUUCCAUACUGAUACUCUCUAGUGCCUUUCAGGUUCAGGGUCUGUUUCUAAGUGUAACGGACAGCUGGCAAAGGAGCAACCCUAGAGGUUUAGGGGCUGCAGAGCUUGAAAGAGCAAGACAAGCUUCUGCUGUUCUGUAGAGGUGAGAGAUUGGCAUUGAUUUAAACUGGACAUGGCAUUUCCACAGGUACCCCUCCCCACGCGCUCGUCCGGGCCUCAAAGGAAACCAUUUACCAGCCUUGGCUUACAGGAAAACGCCAUCCCCACUCAUGUGGCGCUGAGCAGCCAGCAAUAACACUGCAAACACACUCAGGUCUGCAACCUUGACGUGCUUUCUAAAGACCUGGAUAGUUUCAAUAAAAAGGUUUUAACAUAUAUUACUUCUUUAUUGCAGACAGAUUCUGAUGCAAAUACCUACAUUUUUUUUAUAUUGUUCUGACUCUAUAUAUAAACCGAGCACCAUUUGACCUGCCUUAGGUGACUUGAAAUCACUCUCAAUCCAAACACAUGGAAAGCACAUUUUCAAGGUGGACUGUAAUGCCAUGCAAUUAAAAAAAAAAGGUGCCAAAGCCCACAGUAAGACUAAAGGGAGACGCUUCACGCUGUAGAGUUGUAAAGUGCCUUAGCAGAGGGGGAUUGAGGGAUCCCAAUAACUGCGGCUCAGGUUGGCAAUGAAUUUUAAGCUGAGCUUCAUAGAGUUGUUGGCCGCUGUUCUGGGGAAGCGAAUUCAAGAAAAACGUUCCCUGUGCCAGACGUGGAAUCCGGUUUCUCUAAACGCCUGCUUGCUCCAGGGCUUUCCUUGGCUAUGCUGCAGUACAUUCCAAAGAUUGAACCUUGCAGUUCAGAGCAGUGGAUUCAAUUCAGCAAGCAGGUUUGGAAUACCAGUGCAUGCACUGACUGACUUUAGUCCAGUGGAGUCUACAGUUUGAAAACGCAGACAUUCAGAUAUUUAUCCUUGCGUGUCCCGUGCAAUCAAAGGUGAUAAAUAAUUCCAAUGCUAUGCAAAUAAUUUACAAAAGUUGUAAUUCAAUAGUUGAAAAAUCACAAAACCAAUAUUUAAAAAAAAAAAAAAAAGCACAAAACUCAGACCUCUGAUUUCUAAAAUAGCAGGGCUUCUAGAUAAAUGUGACUUUUUUUUUUCUUCCUGUAACCCAGUUGGUGAUUUUCCUGCAUUUAACAAAAAUCAAUUUAUGCAAUCCACAUAAUUCCUUUCUCCAUAUUAAUAACGAUAUUAUAUAUGAUAAUUAUUUCCUGUCGACUACUCCUGUAUUUAUCCUGUAGACCUGAAGAAAGUUAACCAAAUCUCUAGUGUAUGUAAUUCAGCCAAGGAAGUCCCUCCCUGUAGCUCAACAGUCACUGCUGCCCAAACAUCACGUACUUAUUGCACCUCUUUUGGGUUCAUUGUUGGAAAACUAUUCACCAUAAAUGGGAGUAUUUCUUCCUUAAUUGUGAUUACAUCAAAUGACAUGACAGCCAAAAUUGAAGCAUUGACAGAACGUUAUGCUUUAUGUUAUAAGGAUGCACUGUUCUAUAAAUUCAAUACUAGGGUGUGCAAUUUAUAUAUUGGGAUUUUUAAUCAACACACAAGUAAUAACACAUUAGUAGCGCCUCCUGCCUAUUUAGAAUCAGAAUAGUAUAUGUUCACAAACCUAAGCUCCACUUACUUUCAAUGUAUUUAUAUAUUUAUAAGUCUAUUUAUCUUGUUAUGCAUUUAUCAAAUUCUAUUUAGCAGCCUUUACUGACUGUAUAUUGAUAUAUCUAGACUGGCAAAGAUCUGCAAUGGAAACUACUAUAGUUUUGCAGCAGAGUAGCCCAUGACAAAUGCAUUUAUUUUAUUGUGAUUUUAUUUUACAUUGGAAUUAAAUGCUUGAGGGUUAAGCUAAUGCUUGUCAGAAAAUUACAAUUCUUCUAAUUAAUUAUAUACAAUCCAACACCGUACAAGACUCCAAUAUUAAUUUCCCAGGAGGGGAAAGUGAAAAUGAAGCGCUGCAAACCCACAGGGGACCUUAUCAAAGGUUUAAACUGAAAGUAAAAGUUAUGAUUUAAAGAAAUAUUGACAGUGCCCAGGUGCACCAUUGGUAGAUAAUAUUGCAUUAUCAUAGAACAUUUUAAUUGAUUUAACAUGUCUACGCAAACUUGUAGUAAACAUUCACUAAAAAGCAAACCUAUAAAUUAGAGAUAAAAAAACCUACAAAUACAUCUCGGGUGAGAAGAUAAUGUAUUACAUUGGGGCGGUCAUGUCAAUAUUCAUGGACAUUGGCUCAUUUUCAAAUCAGUUGGUUUGUACAUCCCUAGGACAUGCAUCAGGUACACAUUUGCACUAUAUUAUGGCCAGUGUUCUUAUGAUGAGGUGCUUGUUACCAUUGAUCUGCUCAAAAACAAAAUAGUACGAGAUCUUGAACCAAAUACAUGCGUUUUAAAUGGUACAGGCUUUAGGAACAUGCAAGUGGAGGAUAUAAACCAAUAGAAACUAGGCAUGAGGUCUACUGGAAAUGUUAUCAGGUCUUCAGCCUGUCUCACAGAAGCCUUCAGUCACUCUAUCCUCUCCUAGCAAGGAUGACAUACAUGCAUAUCUACAUACAUAGGGGCAUUGACUCUUGUAGUUCAAUAUGAUGGUACAGCACAUUCAAAUCUGGGUCUCUUCUUCGCCGUUCCUCACUUGAACCCCACUGCCGUUUGUAAUACUACUGAAGCAGGGCAACAUGUUUUCUAGAUUAAUAAUAUAAUGGUAAUCUUUUUUUUUUCUGUGUGUGUGUGUGCAAUUGUGUGGGGGUGUGUGGAUUUUAAGUGUAAAUUUAUUUGAGAGAUUUGCAGGGUUUAAAGACCCUUAGAAAUAUAACUCUUCUAAUUUGUUGUAAAGUAUUUUUAACCUUGAAAAACCAAAAGUCUGUUUUCCUGGCUUAGAAGGAAAAAAAAUGCAUCUUGGUUUCAUUCUAUGAUUUAAAAAAUGUUUAAAAAAAAAAAAAAAAAAAAGAAAAAAAAGUUGCAAUGGCUUUAAGCGAAAUUGUACUGCUUUUUAAGUAAUGCUAUUGUUAUACUUUAAUUGUAUUCAUGUUCUUAUAUUGUAUCAUGUUUUUUGAUUUGCUAGUAAGUUAUUGCACUUACAAAAGAUUUUGCAACUAUGUUUUUCUGGUAGUGACUUGGGGUCAGAUCUUUACAGCAAGGGUCAGAACGCAGAAGACCGCAUGCUCUUGAGACUAAUACAGGAUGUUUCUAGUUGAAAUCUCAGUUUUCUAAAGUUGUUUUUUAGAAACUGUUCUCAGUAGCACUGUUCAAAUUGUUGUCUUCUCCUCCCUCUAGCAUCAAUUUUCUAUAAAGCAUGGUCACAUGUACUAAAUAAAAGAAUGACAAUACAUUGCUUUUAAUUCACUUUGAUUUAUUAUCCGUGUUGCAAAAAAAUAAAAUUCCCCAAGAAUAACUUUACUAUUUUUAAGUUUUAAGUUCUCACAUAGUUUUAUUUUUUUUUUCAGUAAAAGAACAUCUUAAUAUAAAUCAUCUAAGCUAUGGCCAAAAGUUUUGCAUCAGCUAGAAUUUUAGGAUUGAGACCAUUUAAAAAAAAAAAAAAAAAAAACCC